AUGGCUCAGUCCCAAUUAGACCCUCUCCCCAAUAACCUACCCUUCAGGAUCGUGUCCAAAACUAUUGGACGGGGAGCCUAUGCAUCCAUCAAAAAGGCCAUACCCCUCGAUACAACGUCGCCAGUCUUUGCUGUCAAGCUCAUCCACAAGGACUAUGCUGUCCGCCAAGGCCGCGUUUCUGCCAAGCAGAUGCUGAUGGAGGUCUCCCUUCACUCUCAUGUUGGCCAGCACGCCAACAUCAUAGAGUGGUUCGCCACAGGAGAAGACCACAUCUGGCGAUGGAUCGCCAUGGAAUUCGCCGAGGGCGGAGACUUGUUCGACAAGAUUGAGGCCGAUGUUGGUGUCUCUGAGGACAUCGCACACAUCUACUUCCUCCAGCUCGUCAGCGGCGUGAGCUUCAUGCACUCCAAAGGCGUCGCCCACCGAGACCUGAAGCCAGAGAACAUUCUCCUCUCCGAAACGGGUAAUCUCAAGCUCGCCGACUUCGGCAUGGCAACCAUGUUUGAGUACAAGGGGCAGCGCAAGACCAGCUCGGCCCUGUGCGGAAGCCCUCCUUACAUUGCUCCGGAGAUUCUUGCCUGUGGGCGCUCCGAUAAGAACGGAAAAGCAACAGCCAAGUACUCGCCAGAUCUCGUAGACAUUUGGUCGUGCGGUGUGAUCCUCUUCGUUUUGUUGGUGGGCAACACUCCAUGGGAUGAGCCAUCCAAGGGCAGCUGGGAGUAUCAAGAGUACCUCCGAACCAAGGGUCGUAGCACAGAUGCCCUUUGGGAUCGACUCCCUGCUGAGGCGCUUUCACUCCUCCGCGGAAUGAUGAGCGUCGACCCCGCAAGCCGAUUUUCCUUCAGCAAAAUACGUCAGCACCCUUGGUAUACGAGAAACAACACGUUGAUGACCGUGGACGGCAAGGUCGCUGACCCGCUCACUUUGGCCACCCAAAUGCUGCAGAACCUACGCAUCGAUUUCAGCCAGCAGCCCUCCCAGCAGCUCUCAUCAACCGCGGCCGACGCCAUGGACAUUGACGGCUCAGGUGUACCAAAUAAUAUUUCGUCUACCCAACCCGAAACACACAUUACCGACAUAGACUGGGACUAUGAACGCCCUGCCCUGCGUUCCAUUGGCUCCAUGGCCAUCUCGUCGACACAGCCAGCGUUGCGUAGUGACACCAGCACCUUCACCAAGCCACACGGCCGUAGCCAGGUGUUAGACCAUCUCGUUGAUGAGCCCACAAUGAGCCAAUUCUCGCAGAACCCCGGCCUCCCCUUGACCCUGACCCAGGCCGCGCGCCAGUUCCGCGACAUUGUACCAGCCGAGUCUCUGACGCGCUUCUUCUCCCACAUGUCGCCGCAGCUCCUCCUGCAAGUGCUCGGCGAUGCCCUCCAUCAACUUGGCGUUCCCUCGCCUCCCGUGACGCCAAGCUUGUACGCAGAACACGUCGCCACCGUCCGCGUCCGCACCAUGGACGGUCGCAAGCAGAGCCUUCACGGCGAAAUUCAGGUCGACCGUCACCAGCUGCCGGACGAUCAGGAACUUCUGGAUGUACGGUUCGUCAAAAUCAAGGGCGACCCUCUCGAGUGGCGUCGGUUCUUCAAAAAGGUGGUCGUACUAUGCAAGGAUGUUGUCUACGUCCCGGACGCAUAG